GCAUGAUGAAGCUCUACGCCCAUCCUGACAACUACAAGACCAAAAAGGCCUUGAUUGCAGCGCAGUAUGUGGGCCUAGAGGUGGCUUGUCCAGACAAAGCUGGCGAAGCAGUCACUGGCCGGGUUCCUGUUUUGGAGACCUCAAAGGGCUGCAUUUUUUCGAGUGGCGCCAUUGCACGGUAUAUCUCACGAAUCAGUCGACCGGUUGGGCUCUAUGGUCAAAACCUCAUUGAGGGCGGCAUGAUUGAUUCCUGGAUGGAGUUCUGCACCCACGAGCUAGAGGUGCCUCUUUGCACUUGGGUGCUGCCAGUGAUGGGUACCUAUCCCAACAUUCCGGAAGCCACAGCUUGUGCGAAGGAAGACGUGAAGCGAUCAAUGGGCGUGCUGGACAAGCACCUGCUACACAACACCUACAUGGUGGGCGACAGCAUCACUCUGGCGGACAUUUCGGUUUGCUGUGCAUUGGUGGAUGGUAUGACGCACGUUUUUGAUGACAAGUACCUCAAGCCUUUCCCAAAUCUAAUGCGCUGGUUCCAACUGUGUGUGAACCAGCCUGAAUUCAAGAAGAUUCUUGGACAGGUCAAAAUGCCAACUGAGGGCAAAGACUCCGGAAAGGAUGCGAAGAAGGAUGCGGCCCCCAAGAAGGACGCGGCCCCCAAGAAGGAUGCAGCUCCCAAGAAGGAUGCGGCCCCCAAGAAGGAUGCAGCUCCCAAGAAGGAUGCGGCUCCUAAGAAGGAUGCUGCACCCAAGAAGGAAGGGAAGAAAGACAAGAAGAAGGAUGGCGAAAAAGAGGAGGCCCCAGCUGCAGAACUUACACCCGAAGAAGCAGAGAAGGCAAAGAAAGACAAGUUGAAGAAGGUCCUCAAAGAGGGAGGAAAGCGUGGAGUUGAGAUUGAAGGAGCUGCCGACAUGGGUGGGCUGCAGUUCUUCUGUACCUCAGUUGAUCAACCAGAGGGAGACCUGGAGCUCCUGGAGAAAUGUGUCGAAGCCAUGAAUGCCAAGAGCGAUCCUUCAGAGGAGGAGCGAAAAGGCGGGUCAGGGAAGAUUGGCAAGAUGGUCUUCUCCUGCGGUGUAGAGCAUUUGGCAGUCGUGGCGUAUGUGCCAGAUGAGAAGCAGAAAGAUCUCAGCUGUGAGGAAUGGCUUGGUGCAGUGUUGGCCACCCAAGGCGGCGAGGUCCUGAAAAAAGGUGCCAGCAUUUCUGUUGGCAAAGUCAAGGCCAAUGCGGAGAAGGGCGUGUUUCCUCUGAAGAUCCGUGAGCCCAUGAUCCGUGAGGCGAACGACUUUCUGCGAAAGAAGGGUCUCUUCCCGGAGGAUAACGAUGAUGACGAUGAUGAGUGCAUCUUCGGAGAUGACGACUUCCCAAGCUAAAGCUUUGGAGAUGUGCCAGAGUCUUCACGAUGGAAAAACGAUGAGCCAAGAGGCUCUUGUUUGUGACUCUUCAAGCUCUUUUGGCUUGAAAUGCCAUGCAGUCAGACUGCGCAAACUUUUCUUUGUGCAGCAUCGAGGAUCUCACCCAGAGUCCAGUAGAGAUACGAGCCAAGUGGACC